AUGAGUUCUCCAAACUCUGAUGCGUCGAUCUCCCAGGUUGAUGCGGAAAUUGCCACCAUAGAUCAAUCAAAGAGAGAUGAGACCUAUACGCGUAACCUUGCAAAGGAGAUCGAACAGAAGAAGAAGUUUUCCAAGGCCAUCGAACUGGUCCUGGUCAGCGAAGACUACCAGAAUGAGGCACAACAAGUUGACAAGGAAACAGCCUUGAAAAAACGUGCAAUUGCGCUAUAUGAGACGCUCAACCGUCAGCCCUACAAUCCAGAGCGAGGCGAGGUGUUGGGAAUAGCACUGGCUCAGUCCAACAUGAAAGCGCAAAUUCAAGCUCUCGAGAAAUAUAAGGAGCAGUUGGUAAAGAAAAAGGAGCGAUUGAACCAAAAAUGGAGGUUUCAAAAGGGAACUUCGGUUGACCUAAAGAACCUGGCACGGGCUAUUGACGAGAGACAUUCAGCAGAAACUGACAAAAGAAGACAGUUUGUCACAGAUCGUAACCCCGAAGCCACCAGAGUGCGAAAGGCUAGACAAAGACUGGAAGCUUUAGAAGAACGAGAAGAGGAAAUGGUUGCACAUCUUCGAUAUACCCUGGAUACGUACUUCAUCCAACCGAAGAUCGACCUGCUCUUUUCGUCUCAGAGCGAAGCCGAAAUUAAACGGGUCAGACAAAGAGCCCUCAAGCUGGUGGAAAAGCUGAUCAACGAAAUAUUCGAAGGGACGUUCAAUUUCAUUUCAGUGGACGGAUCUGAUCCGUUUGUGAGGCACUUGGUGAAGGGCAAUGUAGUGGAGCAGAAGAACCAGAUGACGCAGAUCAGGCUUCAUCGGUUUGAUACGAGUUAA